UGCAACUCUUGACAGAGAUCAUCUCUUAUCCACAUUAGUCCAUUACUCCUAUACACCUCGUCACCAUGAGAACCAGGAUGAAACUAUUGCUGCUGCUUUUAGCAGCAACUGUUUGUGUAUUGAAUGCUCAAACCAGCAACGACAGCAAGCAGCAGCAGCAGCAGCAGCAGCAGCUGCAGCAGCAGCAACAACGCAGCAUCUGGGAUGAGCCCAUCAAAUUCAGCACCAAGAACAAAGACUUGUGCACUAUGGUGGUAUCAGGAGCUGGGAACUAUACUCGCCUGCGUGUCUCCUGCAAAGGUCCAAGCCUGACUGCAGGCAGACCGCAGUCCUACUACUGCGACUUCCAGGGCAAACCCAACUUGUGCCGUGCCUACAACAGCAACCCUCGCCAUUAUUUCACCCAGAUGAUGUGGGAGUUGAGGAAGCUAAAGAACGCCUGCCAGGGAGCUAAAAUCUACCGCCCACAGAUGUGUAAGAAAUACCCGGAUGAGGCUCAUAUAACAUUCCUGACCUCUUGGCCUAAGACCUCCAGCCCAAAGCCCACUAAGCCUGUCCAGGAGCCACGUAAACUAGCAGUGCCAGUUCAGCCAAAACCGGCUGCUACUCCUAAACCUGUGAAGCCCCAAUCUCAGCCUGUUAAACCUCAGCAAGGCAAAGGCCCCCAGACAAAGAAAACUACCCCCAAGCCUGGGAAGACCACUACUCGCCCCACAGAGCAGACUGACUCCAAAGCCUCCCGUCUCGCCACAGAGUAUUGCUGGAAGAGCUUCCACGGCAUCUGCAGCUACGUUAUCAGUUGGUUCCAUAACUGAGACAGUACUACAGACACUCAGGUUGGAAUCACCAGCAAUCAACACACUCUUCCAUUCUGGACUCUUCAGAAUCUGUAUGGAAGCAUCUGAAGUCAUUCAUCGUUCAGCAAAGGGUGACUCCUUAUGCUUGAAAAAUACUCAUCCUACUCCUUUGUAUACAGGUAUAAGAUAUUUCCAUGCCAUUUCUAACACUGUAAAACACAGCAAGGCAAAGAAAAACAUGGCAGGCAUGUGUUGCUGUUUGUAUAUGAUGUAAAAGUCAUUCAACAUGUAUUGUAAAUGUUUCAACAGCAUGUAUUUCCAAGGAAGAAAACAUGAAGAAAAUAAAGUCAAAGUG